CUGUGUUCGACGACGAAGGGACACCGAUGGUGCCCGACGAGCCACACGACAAGGUGCUGAUGGCGCCUGAUCGGUCACACAGCGCAAACACAGACUCACACGCCGCUGAAUGCGCCCUGUGCUGCUUUCUGCGUUAUGGUUCUGUCUGCUGAAUGCGGAUACCUGUUUGAGAGGGGGAGAUCGCUGUAAUGCGAUGCAGAAGGACAGCACAGUGCGAGAGGGGGUGUCAGAGGCUGCGUGUGUUGGGGUAGAUCCCGCCGUGUAAUGCAACUGCAUGCUGAGAACCCUGAGCACUCCGAACUGUCCCUCCUUCUCGUGAACCGUCCCUCUGGCUCAUCUGUUGCCUUAACGGGCAACGACAGCGAUCCUCCACAGCCACUCUCAUCUACCGACAGACACCGCCGAUGGCUGGCAGCUCUUCACUGCCAGCAGAACAAGGCAGAGCACCAGCAGCUUCAUAGACACACCUGAAAUGCACAGACAGACAGACAGACAGACAGACAGACAGUGGUGUGCGUAGCUAAUUGUGUGUCAGGCGAACCUCACGAAGGUUGAAGCGUCAUUCGCUUUGCGGAAUGAAUGACAAUAAGGCGACUGGGGAUGGAGGCUUCAUCGCUGCGGAAAGGGGAUGAAUGCGUAAGAGAUCUCCUCCUGCUUCUGCGAGCCUAAAAGCUUCAGGAGUCCAUCAGCCAGCCAGGCCCCAUUGCAGGACAGGGAGGGGAGGCAGUGGAUGGACUUCUGUCUGUGUCCUUCUCCUCUCCUCUCGCGUGUUGGCGUGACGGCUGGUCCCGUCAGCCGCCCAGGAGCACCCCGUCAGCUGCUUGUUCGUUGGCAGCCGAGGCCAUCUGCCCGACAUCGUCACGGCGGCCCGCCUGAGGGCCACAUCGAAGAGCAUCCGGGAUGCCUUCACCAUAGCUGAGCUCCGCACCCGCCUCGCCAACUCACUGAGCCGUGACGGAGAUGGCAUCAACACUCAGCAGCUGCAGCUGCUGCGGUUCGACCUGGGAAUGGGUGAGCUCAUGGUGGCGAUGUGGAUCGCCGAGGAGGGCGGACGGUGGGAUGAGACGGGGGAGGUGCUGCAGCUGGCCAGCCAUUGCCGCUACUGCACGCUGCCCAUCAUGUUCACCAGUACUGACAUCAACACACACGUCAACAAGACGGUAAGGCACACACACACGGCGGGGCGGUGAGAGAGCAGAGAGGCCUCACUCAUUCUUCUUUGUCUGUCUGUCUGUGGUGUGGUGUAGGCGUAUGGAUCGGUAGCUCGUAUGUUGGCGCAGCUCAUGGUGGUCGGCCGCCACAUCGACUUCGGUGACGGCAGCUGCCUACAGAUCUUCCGCCGUGCCAAUGGUGAGGUGCGGGCCAUCCGGGACGAGCCCGGCUUCCGGCUGGACGUCGACCCGCCUCUCGCUGCCGACCAUCUGUAUCAGCGGCACCGACUACAGCACGACCCAUCAGUGCGCAGCGACAUCUACUACUCUGGCGGCACCGGCAGAUGGAUGUCGGGCUGUGUCCCGGACAACUUGGCGUCACUGUCGUCGUUCGCCAAGUUCAUGAUCCUCCAGCACUUCUUCUUGACGCACCAGACCAAUAACACAUCGAUACGAGUCAACAGGUAACGCAUUAAUGGCCUCAGUGGCGAGAGGGGUGCGUGAUUGAUUGUGUAUGUGUGUGUGUGUGUGUGUGUGAUUGUGUGUGUGGUUGGCUCAAGCGUGUUGGUGGCGGCCGUCUGGAUGACCUCCUCACCCAGUCGCCACACACACCAGUGGCCGGAUGCUCGACCACAUUCAGCUACGACGAUGCUGUGCGGUUUCUCGUGCUCACCGACAGCAGCCACAACUUCGUCGUGCGGAUGGCCAUUUGGGAUUUGGGCAACACCGGUCAGGCCGACAGACAGGCAGCUCUGCUGGUCAAAUCUCAUGUGUCUUUUCUUCCUGAUUGUCUGCAGUGAGGGUUACUGUCCACACGACAGAGGCGCCUGCGGCUGGUGUGACUGAGAGCGGCGCCUUCAAGGACCGCUUCCCCGUGACGACUCAGCUGUCCCUUGUGGCGCUGGGUCAAGUGGCGCCAUACGUCUUCGACGGACAAGUAGACGACGACAUCGACGAUGAUGACGGUGCGGAAAGGGGAGGGGGGGACACACACACACUUAUGGUGGCCAUGGAUGGAUGGACGACAUUUCUUCUCUGUCUGUCUUUGUGUGUGUGUGGUGUAGAUUCCGACGGCCAUGGCGGCGGUUGGGAUGAUAUGGAUGACGGCAGCGACGGAGAGGACAGCGGAGGUACACAUGAGGGAAGGAAGAGACACACAGCAGACAUGGACUCACAUCGACCCGCAUCACAUCCAGGUCUCUGUGUGUCUGCAUGACAGGUGACAAUGCAUCAGCCGAGGAGGAGAAUGGCGAGUGAUCAACCCAACGUUGCAAUACCGGAACACCAUAGGUAUUCACACACACCACAGUGUAUUCGAAUCUUCUGUCUGUAUGUGUGUCACCUGUCUGUGUGUUUAUCUUGGCAGAGUGUCUGGAGUGCUCUCUGUGGCUGUCAGUGAUACAGAGAGAUCGUAUAGCGCGCCCACUCUGUAGAGAGACCAGCUGCUGACACAUUACUGACCCAAUCGCUGUGGGUGGGCGACCUGUCUGCGUUGCGCCAUGCAUCCUCUGCGCACCUCCCUCUCUCCCUCUCUCCCCCUCUGUUGGUAUGUGCCUGUCUGGGUGGCUGCCUGCCUGGCUGUGGGGUUGGGGUUGGUGUGUUGCCCUCUACUGCUGGCCGGUUUUGACCUGAUGGCUCGGCCGCUAUGUGUGAGUGUGUGUGUGUGAGGCCUGUUUGCCUGCGUGACUCGCACGCAUCACAGCCGAAUCCUGGAGUAUGUACAGCUGAAGUGGAGCAGCCCUGCUCGACGUAUGCUCGUAUACGGACAGGUGUCUGUGUGAGUGGGACAAACCUGCGUUGACAUCGUGAGUGUGCGUGAAUGCGUUGUCACGUGACCACACGGAAAGACACUUUGUCCG